AUGGAUGUAACAGGGUAGAAUUAAAUUUCACAAUAGUAUUAAGGUUCUCCAAAGCAAUCAACAUUAAAUGAUGAAUUAACUAUUGAGUCAAUGUUUUAAGUGUACGAUAAAGACGCCGGUGCUUUUAUGGAUGUAAGAGAGAUAAUGGACUUUGAAGAGGGCGACUUUUAAAAUAAUUAGGAAAUUAAGUAGAUUUUAGCAUAUAUGAAUCAGACUAAUCCCAUUUAAUAAUAGACCACAACUGAGGUAAUCCCACAAACAAUGGUCUAGACUUUCACUAAUAGUAAGUUUAACUCUUACUUUAAGAACUCAAACUUUGAAGACAAUGAUCAGUCGUACAGAAACACAGCUGUGCUGUUUAACAGAAUGACCUAAUUUGAUACUCUAAUUAUACCAAAUUAUCUUCUGAGUGUCAUAAAUCAAGAGAGAAAACUGCUCUCGAAACUGACUGGGGAGCAAAGGAAGCAAAAAAUGACUGAAAUAGCUUAACUCCAAAAUACUUCUUGGCAAGAUUGGUGGGAAAUGAAGAUGAACAAGAAUAUAGAACUCGUAAGGGCAAUCAAGACACAUUAAUUGACAAAAGUAAAGGAAUUGCUAGAUGAAAAGAAAUACAUGGAUAUGUGUGCUGAUGUGAAUUUCCAAAAGCUUUAGAACAUGUCACCCUUACACUAUGCUGUUGAAGUUCAAAAUCAUGAUAUAGUCAAAUUAUUGAUAAAGAAAUUUGCAGAGUUAAAUUCAAGAAAUGAUAAUGGGCAGACUCCUUUGCAUAUAGCAUGCACAUAUGGAGCAUUGGAAAUUGUAAAAGAGCUUACAAAAAUUAAAGAUGAAAUAUUCAUAGAUAUUCAAGAUAAUGAUGGCAAUACACCCCUGCACUUAGCUACUAAAUCAAAUCUAUUAAAGAUAUUAGCUGAUUAUGAGUAGAGAUAGGUAUUGUCAGGCAGAGGAAAGAAGACUAACAAAAAUUUCUUAUAAAAAACUAUUGGAAGUAUCCUAAAUAGAAAUAAAUAAGGGGAUAACUUUGAUGAAUAAGGGCAUUAGUCCUAAUCUCUUGAUGAGGUCCCUGAUGUACCAGCUAUGUAUCAAUAGAAAUUUGAGAAGAAAACUAUCUAAAUCUAAGAUAUUGACAAGCAUCUGUCUGAUGAUCUUGAAAAUACGACGAUUAAUCUAAAAUCAUUCAACGUAAUAGAGAGACUAGGAAAAGGAAGUUUUGGAUCAGUAUAUUUAGUUGAAAAAAAGUCAACUAAAAAGAUAUAUGCUAUGAAAGUACUAGAAAAAGAGAAAGUUUUGAAAUAAAAUCUGGUAAGAUAUGCAAUGACUGAAAGAAAUGUGCUCUAAUUGGCUCAUCAUCCAUUUAUUGUUAGUCUUAACUAUGCCUUUCAAACAAGUCAAAGGCUAUAUCUAAUUUUAGAUUAUUGUCCAGGAGGUGAUAUGGGAAUGGCACUCUCAAAACAAAAAAGAUUUCCUGAGGAUAUUGCAAGAAUGUAUCUUUGCGAGAUAAUUUUAGCAAUCGAAUACUUGCAUCUUAAUAAUAUAGUUUUUAGAGAUCUAAAGCCUGAUAAUGUAGUUUUUGAUAAUGAAGGUCAUGCAUUACUUACUGAUUUUGGCCUCUCCAAAGAAGGAUUAGGUGGAACCUAAUAAUCCUCAUCUUUUUGUGGUUCAGUAGCGUAUUUAGCCCCUGAAAUGUUGAAAAGAUAAGGUCAUACAAAGUCUAUAGAUUGGUAUUUAUUAGGAGUUCUACUAUAUGAAAUGCUUGUGGGAGUUCCACCAUAUUUUUCGACCGAUAGAUCAAAGCUUUUUGAGAAUAUUUAAGGAGGUCCUCUUAAGAUUCCUCAUACAAUGAGUGAAAAUGCUAGAGGUUUAAUACUUUAACUUCUUAACAGAAAUCCUUUAAAAAGAUUAGGAGCAGGUCCAAAAGAUUCUGAAGAAAUAAAAACACACAUCUUCUUUAAGGAUGUUGAUUGGAAAUAGGUAAUAGAUAGAUAGCUCUAAGUCCCAAAACCAAGAAUCAGAAAAAUAGAACAGAACUAAUUCUCUAUAUAGAGCUUUUUGUAAGAAGAAGAGAAAAUUGAAGAAAGACAAAAUGAAUUAGUAUAGUAAUUAGAGUAAAACGACUAAAAUCCACCUGAAAGAGGAAGUAGUAAGUUCUUGAAAAACUUUAUGUCAAAAAAGAAAGACGUAAAGGAUAUCAUUAAGAAUGAGUAGGAAGCAAAUAAGAUUCCGGGUUGGUCUUACAUCAAGAAAACUUGA